AUGGGCCAGCAGAAGCCGGCAGCCGGCCUGGCAUGGGGGAAAGUCUCGAGGAAAGAGUCGGUGAGAGCCAAGCCAGCGAUGAAGUGGAGGAGCAGCUGCAAGAAGAGCAAGGAGAUGAUUUGGAGAAAGUCCGUGGUGAGCUGGAAGAGUUACGGGCUCUGCCGGAGGGCUCAGCUGAGUGGGUGGAGGCGAAAGCCCGCUUGGAUGCAGCAGUGCAGGCUGCUGUCACCGCAGGCUGUGCGCAAGCAGAGCUCCUGGAAGCAAGGGCACGAGAAGCAGAGGAGCUCAGAACAUCCACGAGCCCUGGCUCUGGAGCAUCAGGCGGAAGCGGCGGCAGCGGGUGAAGAGCUGACCGGGCCCGCUGCGCGCAAGGCAGCUUCGCAGCUUCUUCGCAGCUUCGCAGCCCGGAAGCGGAGGCUCGAGGCCGAGAAGCUGAGGGCCGAGGCGACGUCGGAGAGGCAGCGCAUGGCCCGCUUCGGCCAAGCGGUCCGCAGAGCGCAGAGAAGCAAGGCCGAGAUCCCGAGCAUUACCCUGGAGCUGGAAGAUGAUGCGGAGGCGGAGGACGUCAAGAAGACGGUGAUUGCGAAAGCCAAAUCUGCAAAAGACACGAAGACGAAGACUGACCCGCAGGUCAAGAAGGACAAGCGAUCGAAGAAGAUGUCUUCAUCGUCCGGCAAAGGGAAGCGGCGGAAGAAGGAGGCGAGCCGGGAAGAGGUGCGAAGGAAGGCCGAGGAAGCGGCGCGGCGGUGGCAAGAGCGAGACGAUCAGUUGGAAGCCAGCAUCCGUGUCGUGGAGCAAAGAGGAGCAAAAGCUGCUGCGGAGAAGGAAGCGCUGCGGCGAGCAGAGAAGGAACGGCAGCUCAGGGCCGCGGAGCGGCGGCGAGAAGCAGAGGCUCGCAGAUCACGAUCCCGGCGAAGACGACGCAGGAGAUCUUCGUCCUGA